GCCAGGUGCGCAGAAGACCUGCGCAGACGGCGGUUUCCCGAUGGCGACCCAAAUCGGAGAAGUCUUAGCACAAACCACAACUUUUAGCAGCUCUCCUUCAAGAAACAUGCCCAGAAACGACGAUCUGACACACCUCAGCGAGUUAUGAGUUUUCUAGAAGACUUGGGACGGACGCUGGUAGCCGGAAUCCGACUGUAACACGACUUAGAAGAUCCAUUAUUGAGGAACCUACCUUCUACGCCCCGAUGAGCCAGAAAGCGCGGGUUAGCAGUGCCGACCGCCAGGUGAACCAUACGCGGGUUGAAGAUGAGAGUUCCAUACAGGAGCACUAUGACUUCGGCCCCAAGCUGGGACAGGGGAGCUUCGGCGUGGUGUUCGAGGCUGUUCACAAGGAAACCGGAGUCAGAUGGGCCAUUAAGAAGGUCAACAAGGAAAAGGCGGGUAGCUCUGCAGUGAAGCUCCUUGAGAGAGAGGUGGCCAUCCUGAAGAAGGUGAACCACCCAAACCUCAUCCACCUGGAGGAGGUCUUCGAGACACCCAGGAAAAUGUACCUAGUUCUGGAGCUGUGUGAGUCGGGGGAACUGAAGGAUUACUUCGACAAGAAAGGCUCCUUCUCAGAAGAAGAGACAAAACACAUUAUCAAGAAUUUGGCCAGUGCAAUAGCUUAUCUCCACAAAAACGAUACCGUCCAUCGUGAUUUGAAGUUAGAGAACAUUCUAGUUAGACCAGAUGAAUCCAGUAAGGAGGAAAGUGAAGAAAGGGCGGAGCAGGACCUCCUUAAUGUCAAGAUCUCUGACUUUGGGUUGUCUAUAGUGAAGGGGAAAUCGGGUAGUGAUUCCAUGAUGCAGGACGUGUGCGGCACCCCCAUCUAUAUGGCUCCAGAAGUGUUGAAUAAUCACGAUUACAGUCAACAGUGCGAUGUGUGGAGCAUAGGAGUUAUCAUGUACAUGCUGUUGGCUGGUCAUCCGCCAUUCUUUGCUAAAGAAGAAGAGAAACUGUACGACUUAAUAAAGAAAGGAGAGUUGGACUUCUCUGAACCUGUCUGGGAAGAUAUUUCUGAAGAUGCUAAGAGCAUACUGAGCAGCAUGCUGCGUGUGGACCCUGCUCACAGACUAACAGCUAGCCAGAUCCUGGACCAUCCUUGGGUUACUGGGCUUGAUGGGAACUCUACCCAGCCCACCAACGUGCUCGAGCUGAUGAAACAGUGGGGGAAGGAGUUGAGAGAUGAGGAGUUUUCAGAGGAGUCAGAGGACAACAACAAUCAGAUGGAAGAAGACCUCCAGGAGAAUGGACUGGAGGAAGAUGAGAACCAGGGGCCAGGGGAAAAGGACAAGUCAAAGGAUUUGACGGACAUAGGAUUGGGGCCGCGGCGAAAGUCAGCAGACACUGCUAAUGAACUGCACGAGGCAGAGAUGCAUCAUAUUCGAAAGGCCGCCGGUGCAGGUAGAAGAGCCUCCAUGCCGUACCUGUCCCAACAUCAGCCUAUCAACAGAAAAGUCAGCGCUGCACCAAAAUUCUCUUCACAUAAACCGCUGAAAAUGAAAGACUCUCCAGAAAUUGUCAAGUCCCAUCGCUCUAGAACCAAGAACAAACAUCCGAGAAGUGCACAGAUCACAGUGGGGUCAACACCUGCAUCACCAAUCAAAGAAAAGAGACAUAGCAUUUCUCUAGGCACUCCCGCCAGGCAUGCCAAACCAUCGCCUCUCAACUCACCCCACACAACAGCCAAGAGCUACAAGCCCUCCACCCCAGGGCAGUUGCCAAAAUCAUCAUCACCAGGGGGGAAGCCAACCAAUGGGAAAGUAAAGAAAAAGCCAAGUACAUAGUAAAAGGUCAAAGAUCGAAGGUUAAAGGCCAUAUGUAAGAUGUAUAGGAGAUUUUAUGCUUGUAAGACUUUGCUUUAUUCUGGAAAAAAAAUUGAAAAUGCUGCAAAGUUGUGUUUUUUUAGUAGACUGGAAGUUUUAUUAUUUGAGUUGCAAAAAGCUUAUUGUUGUGAAUUCUGGGGGAGGUAUUUUCCUUAGAAUAUUGAAAUGGUCGGAAGGAAUCGUUGGCUUAGAAUAUAGUAAUUCUCUUCUAAGAAAUCAAUCCAAAAUAGCAUUCAAUGGGCCAUCAAAUACAUUGUGUACCGGUAUGUGUCAUAACAGCAAAAAGUUUUUAAUGCCCUCUAAGCAUUUUCUCCAGGUUUUCACUGUGCUGCGUGUGAUUCUAGCAUUUGUUAUGCAACUCUGUUUUGAAGAAAGAAUACAUAAUGGCAUAUUCCAUGGUGUAACCAAUUUCUGUUGACUGUUUCAGACUGUUCCAUUUCAACAAAUUUAUUGGGGGCAACUGUAAAUUUGGAGAAAAUCAAGGAAUAUUUGAUUGUCUGGUCAAUUCUGAGAGGGAGACAAUGCCUUGGAAUGUUUGAAAUGGGACAGUCGGAUCAGAGGGGUUCGAGUUGAUAUUCCAGCCUUUUAUUCUGCUUUCACUUGUGUUUGAAUCUCAGAACAGAAUCAUAUGGCCACAAAUUUGGUGCUAGCUUUUCUGACUGUUGAGAGCACACUGUCAGGUCAUUUGUGACAUUUCUCAUGUACAUGUACAUGUUGGAAAUAGAUUCCUAAAUAUACCCUUCAAUCUUACAAGGGAUAUUUCAGCAUUCAGUAGAAUACAGGUAGUUGAUUAUAAAAGGAGGGUCAGAAAUGGGUUUUGGUUAGGAUGCAUAGUCAUUAUAGCACUUAUAAAAGAGGUGUUCAAAAGAACCCUUGAUUCAUCCUCAUGUUUGUACCUUAUACAAGUGUGAGCUGACGCUGCUUUGUAGCAUUGUUUUUAAGAAAAA